UCUCAUUCCCCCGGACCCUUCAUCUGCGGAUGGGGCGCUCCAAAGCACAUCCCAGUUAGCACCUCAAGGCGACACUCACGUCCCUGACACCCCUUUUCACCAAGACCCGGAAGUUGAAUCUGUCGCUGACACUGAAGCUGAAAGGAGCAUUCACAUGCAGCCACCUCAACUCUCUUCUGCCCAGUCCCAGACCACUUCGGGAGGCUUUGGUCCGACUGAGAAGAAGCCCACGGAAAACAGUGCGGCGGUCCCUGGGCCAAUUGUUUCUGGGACUGGGAUUGUCACACCCUCCGAACCUAGGGCCAUCCCGGUUGAAUCCAGUUCUGCAGUCCCCGUUUCGCUGCAGCUGUCAUCAUCCGGAGUUGAAAUCCCUCCCGAAACAGCUGUUGCAACAGAGAUCUCUUACCCCGCUCCAGUCUCUACAGAUAGUACUCAACAAGAGGGGAGGACGGUGCGAUUCGCAACCGGAAGUGCAGAUCUAUCUUUCCCUGAGAGUGGUGUCGCUAAAGACACUCCCUCUAAUCAGCCGACCUCAGCCUCGUCCACUAUCGAGCGCGGUGAUACAGAGCGGAAUGCCGCCACGGAUGUGACUGAGGACGGAACAAACUUUUCGCCAUCAAUCAUCCCUGGAAAUUCAGCUCCAAGUGCUCUUCCAGAAAGCACGGUUGCGGAUCAGGGGGACAAUCAGGGCGUCUCGACCAGUUCUUCUCACGAUGAUGACUCGCCCACUGAAGGCCAGGCUCAACCGAAGCCUGUACCUUUGCCUAGGCGAUCCGAGCACAAGGGUGCCGAUCCCGACCCCCAAAUGAUCCCUCUCCUGGAGCCAUCUCGAGUAGCAUCAAAUGUCUCAGGCUUGUUUGACGAUAGCAAUGAUUUUCUGAGGGCACCCAAUAGCACCCUCCCAGAAAUGACCUCAGGACAAUGCAAUCUCGACAUUGGCAACUCGAUCCAUGGACAGAAUACUGAGUCGUCAGGACCAAUCAGCGACGAACCACCCGCCCCCCGCGAACAAGGAGUCCCCAACGGACAGAUACAAUCGAGUCCAUCCAACAUUGCAACCCAGGUCACACAAGAAGGACCGGCUGCAUCGGCUGUCAAUACUCCCAAGUUUUCAGCUCCUGACAACACUAUCGAGUCCGACUUCGAGAGCGUAACGGAGACAGGUCGGCAGCGCGCGGGGAGCAUAGUCAGCGAAACAAUUGCUGAUACCGUACUACCGACGCCCGUGGAUCAGAAAGCCGAUGCAGAUGCAGCAACAGAUGCGAGAAUUAUGAGCAGUCAUGACAUCGCUGCUACCGUCCCGGUUUCUUCAGGCUUCCCCACCCCACUCCCCAGCGAUCCGCCUUUCGAAGCUGUGCCAAGGGUGCCCAGCGAGGAGGCGAAAGUGGUGGCAGCACCUACCACCGCGGAACCGGCUGUUGGAACAUUAAAUGGGCGCCUGGAUCAAGUGGUUGCCGUCGUAAUUGGUGAUAAUGCAAAUGUGCGCCGCAGUGGUCAUGAUGUGUUAGAUGUACCGGCCUCUCCAAUAUUCAAAGAUGAUGGCCUAGGUCACGACCCGUUGUCAGGAACAAGCAGCGAGUAUAUUGAUAGCAUGCCACAGACCUCGGAAGGUGGUUCUCCGAGGGCGCAGGUCACACCAGUAGAAGCCUCCCAGGACUCUUUCAGGCACAGUCUCCGGGACAAUGGGGCCCUGCAAGUUCCUCCGAUAUCUAUUGCUCCACCAAAGUUGCCUAUGCCGUUGCGAAAAACGGAGGAGGAUCUCACACAACUGUCGCACAUCAUUUCUGUGGCAUCAGUGGACAGUACCCCAUCACUAAACCCAAGAGUCCCUACCGCUGGCCAAGGAUCCCCAUCCCCUGCGACACACGCACAACUUCAACAAACCAACGUUGACGGCGGCGAGCUUGAUGGACCUCGUCAUCCCUUAGUUGAGGGCGUGAAGGACGCGAUUGCUCCGCAACAUGGCGCGCACGGCGAUGUCCCUCCUCGGUCUGAUGCGACGGUGUGCGGCGAGGAGGCCAUUCUCUCGCCAAAGGAUUCGUCUGAGUUCGGCUUAGAUGCCGGAGUCGGAAACUUAGUGAAACAUGAGCCCGUUGACGUAGAAUUCGGCAGCAAUGACACACCCGGCCAAAAGGUUGAUCAGCCGACUCCUGUUGAGGCAGAACUAGAUAAACAUAUUGACGAAUUCCACGCUAUCCAUGCAAUCCAUGCAAUACCCGAAGUAACUGGGGUGCCUAGCAACGUUGCAAGCGCUGAACACAAAGGAGUGGUUGUGGACCAUCGAUACACCUGCUCUCAACUUGCUGGCGUCGAUCCGAUUUCACCUGAGAAUCCCGAGCAGACUGAUGACGCCGUUGGUGAAGCUCAUCCUGAUGCAGUUCGGACACUUGCCAGCGUAGAGAGCGGAGAAACAGCUGAUGGGGGCAAGCCUGCCAUGACCACGGCCUCUCGUGAGGAGCCAGAGAAAGCCUGGCUGGACGGAGGGAGGUGCGACAACGGACCAUCGCGAACCUCGGGCGUUGAGCAAUGUGGUGUAAUGGACUCUCCUUUAAAUAGGAGUGCUCAGAGAGGAUCAGCCGUUUUCCCAGAUGAGACUACAAUAAGGCCUAAUAUCAUCGAUGUUGUCGAUUUGGCAACGCUUGACGACCAUCCAAUACCAAGAUCUGCAGUGCCUCUUGAACUCACGCUGGCCAAGUUCGUUCCCAAGGUCUCGGAGACAGAGAAUGAUGGGAUAUCUAAUGGUCCUGUCAUUCCCUCAACGACUGAUCUCGCUCCGGUUGACACUGCAGCCGAUAGACAGCGCUCCACGAGUUCUUUCCACCUUCCGCGGGACUCCGGUGGGGUGACGGAUCAUGAACCCGACAGAGAAGCGGUGCAUCAGCCCGACACAAUCUUACAAAUCCCUCAUUUACCACCUUCUCCUGCCUCCAUCACUUAUGCGCCAUCACUUAUGAGUCCACCUCGAAUUCAGCAUGCCACUCUAUCGAAGGAGCCACCUCUCCAGUCGCAAUCCAAUAAUACUAACGAGGAUCUGCGACAACAAAACAGCCAUUAUCUUAAUUCCCACGAUGAGAACAAAACGGCUGAGCCUCAGGCAGAAGAUGCAAAUACAAAUUCAUCCAUUGCACCCUCGACGCCCCGCUCUGAUCUUGGGAUCACAGCCACUUUGUCGGACAUCGGAGACGAUACUCGUUCUGAAAUCUCCAAUGCUAGUAAAGAUGUUGCUCCUCCGGCUUCACCUCGCGAUAUUUCAAGUGAAUAUUUCAGCUUAAGCAGUUCGCGCGAGAUCUGGAAGGCGGAGAAGCCCGUGGCCCCUCUGGCUACUGGCUUAUUACUCACUGUCACCUCAGGGAAAGCUAUGGAUCUCGGGGCCCAGGCAUCAAUGAACCAGUCAGAUGUGUGGGCAGCGAGUGCAGCUCCCAUGACGCCAACCACAAAACAUGUCGAGUCACAAGAGAGUGAUUAUGGGGUUCCAGCUCCCGAGGUCACUUCAAAGGACGAGCUGGAAGAAUCCGCGCCUCACCUCACCGGUGCUCAGCCCGAUUCUGCCAUUUCACAGGCUACACCCCUACUGGGCGGAGAUACUAGAAAUAUUGCCUCGCCAACGAAUUUGCCAAUUUUCGAUCGGACCCUGGAACCUACUAAAGGGGAAGAAGAAAUAGCAAAACUCAAUGCAACAGACGUGGAUCAGCUCUCGAAGGACACUGUGUCCGAUGAUAAUGACACUACCCCAAGGCCAACUUCCACAUCUCUUUUCGAAGGGCCGCAAGGGGAGGAUAGUAUAGGGCUGGAUGACACGGAUGACAGCACCUCAGCACUUUCCUCAGAGACGUCAUCUGCCUAUGCUACUGCUACUCCUCGCCACGAAGACGAUGAUCUACAGCAUUCGCAAACGCUGGAUCCUGACGUGCCAUUCAAACUAAUUGAUCCUCCAGACUCAGAUAUCCCUCAAUCUGAGUCAAGCCGAGCACACACUACGACAGAAUCGGUUCCAUUCCCAGGCACUUCGUCUUCUGAACACCCACCAACGAGAGUUCGUUUUGAAUCAACGGCCAGCCGUUUCCCUCUGCUUCCCGGUGGCUGGAAGGAAAAUCGACAGGAUGCAGGACUAACUUUUGAGAUUGUUGAAGGAGAGAUCUCUAGCCCAGCUUCAGAGAAAUCGGGCAGCCGAGGGCGCUGCAUCAUCAUGUGAAUGUUGAACCGCCGCUGAUUAUUUGGUAUUUCUGCACAACCAUUUACGACCUUACCACCAGGGGUUAUUUCUUGCCAUGUACUCACAAAGAUUGGCAUAAUUUGUAUGAUGGAAUCUAACAGAUUGUUAUGCACACA